GCAGGUGGCUUUCUAGAAGAUGACCAUAGAGGAACUUCCGGAGUUCCCAUUAGAAGGCAACCGUCUGUUCGGAAGAUACCCGUUUUUAUUUUCUGGCUCUGACACGCCCGUGACCUUUUCCAUCUCUGCAGCACCAAUGCCUUUGGACUGUGAGUUUUCUUUCUUCGAUCCCAAUGAUGCCUCAUGCCAGGAGAUCCUCUUUGACCCCAAAACUUCGGUCUCAGAAUUAUUUGCCAUUUUAAGACAGUGGGUUCCUCAGGUCCAGCAAAACAUCGACAUUGUUGGAAAUGAGAUCCUGAAGCGAGGCUGCAAUGUGAAUGACAGGGACGGACUAACGGACAUGACCCUCCUGCACUACACCUGCAAAUCCGGGGCUCACGGCAUUGGUGACGUAGAGACAGCUGUCAAGUUUGCCACGCGCCUCAUUGACCUGGGAGCGGAUGCUGGCCUGCGCAGCCGCUGGACCAACAUGAACGCUCUGCACUACGCAGCCUACUUUGAUGUCCCGGAGCUCAUUCGUGUGAUUCUGAAGACGUCAAAGCCAAAAGAUGUGGAUGCCACCUGCAGUGACUUCAGUUUCGGAACGGCUCUGCACAUCGCGGCCUACAACCUGUGUGCCGGGGCCGUGAGGUGCCUGCUGGAGCAGGGGGCCAACCCCGCAUUCCGGAAUGACAAGGGACAGAUCCCUGCCGAUGUUGUCCCAGACCCUGUGGAUAUGCCACUGGAAAUGGCGGACGCUGCGGCCACUGCCAAGGAGGUCAAGCAGAUGCUCUUGGACGCGGUGCCUCUGUCAUGCAGCAUCUCGAAGGCUGUGCUACCCCACUACGACCAUACCGCUGGCAAAGCCAUGCUCACGUCCCUUGGCCUGAAGCUGGGGGACCGUGUUGUCAUCGCAGGACAGAAGGUCGGCACAUUAAGAUUUUGUGGAACAACUGAAUUUGCAAGUGGGCAGUGGGCUGGCAUCGAAUUGGAUGAACCAGAAGGAAAAAACAAUGGAAGUGUUGGAAAAGUCCAGUACUUUAAAUGUGCCCCCAAAUAUGGGAUUUUUGCUCCUCUGUCGAAGAUCAGCAGAGCCAAAGACCGCAGGAAGAACACCGUGCAGGCCCCUUCUGCCAAGGCAGCCGCACCCCUCGCCAGGGCCCCGAAGACAGAGGCGGCUUCCCCUGUGUCCAGAGGAAACACUGGCUUCAUGACAUCAAAAAAAGUGAGCGCUUCUGAGUCCACACUUUCUGUGCCUUCUGGUGAAGAGUCGAAGACUGUAACAGAGAAAGAUGUGACCCCACUUGGAGCUGCCAGCGGUUCCUCCUCCUCGUCUUCCCUGGAGCACAAGUCCAACCAGCCCCGGACGCGGGACGCCCGCAGCAGCGACAAGAAGAUCCUGAGCAAAUGCCCGUCCCUGCCAUCUCGAGCCAGCACUGGUUCGCAGUCCUCCGCAGCAUCCACAGUCGCCAACCCCCGCGGUGAGGGCGAGCUGCGCCCGGGUGAGAGGGUGCUGGUGGUGGGACAGAGGAUGGGCACCAUCAGGUUCUUCGGGACGACGAACUUUGCUCCAGGGUAUUGGUACGGGAUAGAACUCGAGAAGCCCCACGGCAAGAACGACGGCUCAGUCGGUGGUGUGCAGUACUUCAGCUGCUCUCCGAGAUAUGGGAUAUUCGCUCCCCCAUCCAGGGUGCAGAGAGUAACAGAUUCCCUGGACACACUCACAGAAAUCUCUUCAAACAAGCAGAAUCCUUAUCCCGGUUUCAGGAGAAGUUUCAGUACAACGUCUGCUUCUUCCCAAAAAGAGAUUAACAGAAGAAAUGCUUUUGCCAAGUCCCGGCCGGCCCUGCGCCGCAGCUGGAGCGGCACCCCUGCUGCGGGCGUGGAGGCGCAGGCACGGCUGCGCGAGGGUGCCCAGGUGCUGCUUACCAGCUCCAACGAGAUGUGCACUGUGCGGUAUGUGGGCCCCGCCGACUUUGCACCCGGCACCUGGCUCGGCCUGGAGCUCCGAAGCGCCAAGGGCAAGAAUGAUGGCGCAGUGGGCGACCGGCGCUAUUUCACCUGCAGGCCCAACCAUGGCGUCCUGGUGCGGCCCAGCAGGGUCACCCACCGGGGCAUCUGCGGCUCCAAGCUCGUGGGCGACAGCUGCUGA